AUGGAUUCUCCCUCGGAUUUGUUUGGUCAUCAGUCCUCCUUGAUCUCUCCUUUCGACCCCUAUCCCAACCCCUCCGACCACCCCACACCCUCAGGAGGGGGGCACGGUGCACCCAACCCCUCCUCACGACCCCCCUACCCCCUCAUCCACCACCUGCUGCAGCCUGGUGGAGUCCCCAUGAGGGUCGGGGGCGUCGCUAAACGAGAGCGAAAAGCGAGGGACCACGAGAAACCAACGGGGGGAGAUAAGAGGAACGUGAACGGAGGAGGUGGGGUGUUUUUGGAGGGGGUUCUGGAGAGGGCGGCAGUGUGGAUGGGGUGUGGGGUGGACUCCUCCCCCUUCCUCCCCCCCUCCUCCUGCCCACUCCCCCUCCCCCUCCUCCACUACACCAUGCAACAGCUCUUCACUCGUUCUCUCUCUCACCUUCCUCCUCUCCACAAGGGGAACGUUAUGAACUCUGAUGCCUACAUGGAGGGGAACCCUUUCCCCCCACAGCACACCUCCUCCUCCUCUCAUCCCUCCUUCCCUCCUCUCUCCCUCGCUCUGAUGGGCGGGUUGGAUCGGCUGGAUGGUGGGAUGCAGCAUCUUCAUGACAGAGAGAGAGAGAGGGAUGGAGGGAUGAGAGGAGGAGGAGGAGGGGAUGGAGGGAUGAGAGGAGGAGGAGGAGGGGAUGGAGGAAUGGAUUCGGGGAUGUAUCUCGGACCGGGUUCAUCUCAGGAGGGUUUGUCUCCCUGUCAUCUGAAGAAAGCCAAACUGAUGUUCUUCUACGCUAGAUACCCCAGCUCUAACACACUCAAGACUUACUUCCCUGAUGUCAAGUUCAACCGCUGCGUGACCUCGCAGCUGAUCAAGUGGUUCAGUAACUUCCGAGAGUUCUUCUACAUCCAGAUGGAACGCUUUGCCAGACAGGCUGCCCGCGACGGUGCACCCUGCCUGGGGAGAGACGGCAGAGAGCCCCCCCUACGCCUGGGGAGAGACACGGAGCUCUAUCGCAUACUGAACAUGCACUAUAACAAGAGCAAUGAUUAUCAGGUUCCUGACAGGUUUGUAGAGAUAGCUGAGUUAGCCCUGAGGGAGUUCUUCACAGCCAUACAGACAGGACGUGACAGUGACCCCUGCUGGAAGAAAUCAAUUUAUAAGAUGAUCUGUAAACUAGAUAGUCCUGUGCCAGAUAGUUUUAGACUGCCUGGCUGCCCUAUUGGCUGAGGAGAGGUCACACACACACCCUGGGAACACAAACUAUGACCUGAUGAACAACAAUGAAAUAGAACAUGUGACCUAUAAUGGAGGGAGGAGCAAGGAAGGUCUAAUGGAAUUACUAUGAUAGGAUAUUACUAUACUAUACUAUUAUACAAUAUUACUAUACUGUACUAUACUAUUAUACGAUAUUACUAUACUGUACUAUUAUACAAUAUUACUAUACUGUACUAUACUAUUAUACAAUAUUACUAUACUGUACUAUACUAUUAUACGAUAUUACUAUACUGUACUAUUAUACAAUAUUACUAUACUGUACUAUACUAUUAUACAAUAUUACUAUACGAUAUUACUAUACUGUACUAUUAUACAAUAUUACUAUACUGUACUAUACUAUUAUACAAUAUUACUAUACGAUAUUACUAUACUGUACUAUUAUACAAUAUUACUAUACUGUACUAUACGAUGUUACUAUACUGUACUAUACUAUUAUACAAUAUUACUAUAUGGUACUAUAUGAUAUUACUAUACUGUACUAUACUAUUAUAUGAUAUUACUAUAGCAUACGAUAUUAAAAUACUAUACUAUUAUACAAUAUUACAACACUAUGAUAUUACUAUACUGUACUAUACUAUUAUAUGAUAUUAUGAUACUAUUAUACGAUAUUACUAUACUAUUAUACUGUACUAUACUAUUAUGAUAUUUGUAUACUAUUAUACUAUAACUGUAGUAAACAAUUAUUAUACUAUUACUAUACUGUACUAUUGCUGUACUGUACUGUACUAUUACUGUAUUUUACUAUAUUGUACUAUUACUGUACUAGUACUAUACUAUUACAGUAUUGUACUAUUACUGUACUAGUACUAUACUAUUACAGUAUUGUACUAUUACUGUACUAGUACUAUACUAUUACAGUAUUGUACUAUUACUGUACUAGUACUAUACUAUUACAGUAUUGUACUAUUACUGUACUAGUACUAUACUAUUACAGUAUUGUACUAUUACUGUACUAUUACUAUACUAUUACUGUAUUGUACUGUAAUAUUAUAGUACUAGUACUAUACUAUUACAGUAUUGUACUAUUACUGUACUAUUACUGUACUAUUACUAUACUAUUACUGUAUUGUACUGUACUAUUACUGUACUAUUACUAUACUAUUACAGUAUUGUACUAUUACUAUAGUAUUACUAUACUAUUACAGUAUUGUACUGUUACUGUAUUGUACUAUUAGUGUACUAUUACAGUAUUAUACUGUACUAUUACAGUAUUGUACUGUUACUGUAUUGUACUAUUAGUGUACUAUUACAGUACUAUUACUGUACUAUUACAGUAUUAUACUGUACUAUUACUGUACUAUUACAGUAUUAUACUGUACUAUUACUAUUACUGUACUAGUACUAUACUAUUACAGUAUUGUACUAUUACUGUACUAUUACUGUACUAUUACUAUACUAUUACUAUACUAUUACUAUACUAUUACUAUACUAUUACUAUACUAUUACUGUACUAUUACUGUAUUGUACUAUUACUGUACUAUUACAGUAUUAUACUAUUACUGUAGUAUUACUAUAGUAUUACUGUAGUAUUAGUGCACAAAGUUUUCUCCGUGCACUCAGUUCUGCCCUGAAACUGGUGGAAUUCCUAAUUAGUCCACUACUUUUGACAAGAGGACUCAUAUAGGCAUUUGGGACACAGACCUCUGUCUUUCUCGUGGCUCAUAUAUUGUGUUGGUGGAAGACUGUCGGUCCACAGCGAUAGAGCUCUGCUAUGCGGCGAUGUAGUCUUCUCUGUAAAAUGGAAUGUUCCACUUUUGUUUGUUUACUUGUUUACUAUACUGUUGUUUUGUUGUUGUUAAAUUUUUUUGUAAAAAUAUGAUCUUGAUCUUUUGAAGUUCAUGUAAACAUGUCAAAUCUGUGAUACGCUAUGAUAUUCCUGCGGGGUUUUUUAACAUAAAAAUGGAAUUACUGGAAUCUAGAAUAGUCAUUAUAUCCAUGGUUUAUAAUAUAUGACAAGAUCUGUGCCUCAACUUUUUUGAUGAUUUUUGAUGUUAUGAUACACAAACACACACACACACACACACACGCUUUUGAUGUUAUGAUAGACACACACACAGGUCUUUGAUGUUAUGACAGACACACACAUGCUUUUGAUGUUAUGACAGACACACACACAGGUUUUUGAUGUUAUGACAGACACACACACAGGUUUUUGAUGUUAUGACAGACACACACACAGGUUUUUGAUGUUAUGACAGACACACACACAGGUUUUUGAUGUUAUGACAGACACACACAGGUUUUGAUGUUAUGACAGACACACACACACAGGUUUUUGAUGUUAUGACAGACACACACACACAGGUUUUUGAUGUUAUGACAGACACACACACAGGUUUUUGAUGUUAUGACAUAAAAUCAGUGUAAUAAAUGAAGGAAAGUAGUGAAAACACUGAGAAAUAAAAUGGAGGAUUGAAGAGGGAA